UUGACAACGGCCACUGCGUUGAUCUAGGCCUGAAGUGUUUUGAGUCUGACGCUAGUAUUCUCGUUAAAACGACAGUUUAUUUACCGAUUUAACAACGCGUAUAAACUGCGACCUGCUUCUGGAGGUGUUGCUGUUACUCUGUAGUUUCAGUUCAACAUGAUAUGUUUUCAAACAAAGUGGAGAAUAAAUCGUGUUUAAGCCAAUUAGCCUGCGAGCUAACGUUAGCACGGCGAGCUAAUCUCCUCGCUUUGGAUAAUCUUCCGUCUCUCUCCGUUACUCUGGUCUUCAACACGCCGGGAACGACACACGAUGGACUGAGUAUGAUGACCUGACGUCUCCCGGGAGAUUUAACGUUACUAUUUUUGUUUUUUUCAAUAAAACACCCAGAGGAGAAAGAAGAUGGAAAUACACCUCAAUCGAGUUGAUUACAUUCAGGUUGGCGUGACAUCCCUGAAAACCAUGAAGCUGCUUCCAGCUUUGGGAAAGAAGGCAACUCAAAAGGUUGCUGUUGCUGAUCAUGACGGUGUUCUGACAUGUUUUGGAAUGAAGAGGGGAGAAGCAGUGCCCGUGUUUAAAACACUACCAGGGCAGAAAAUAUCCAGAAUGGACCUCGGAGGAGCUGCGGGAACUCCACAGGAGAAGAUCUUUGUUUGUUCUGGUUCUCAGGUCCGAGGAUUCACCAAGAAAGGCAAACAGUUCCUCACCUUUGAAGCCAACCUCACUGAGAGCAUCAACGCCAUGCAUGUCUUAGGCUCUGACCUCUUUGUGUGUGCGAGUUACAUCUUCAACCACUACUGCGACUGCAAGGACCAGCACUACUACCUCUCUGGAGACAAAAUCAACGAUAUCACCUGUUUGUCUUCCGAUAACCUGACCCGCCCCGUCCCGGUGCUGGCGUGCCAAGAUCGGGUUCUCCGAGUCUUGCGGGGAUCAGAGCUCGCCUAUGACGUUGAAGUCCCUGGCCCUCCAUCUGUCUUGGAACUAUACAACAAAGAUGGAGGUGAGGAAAUCCUCUACGGAACGACCGAUGGCAAAAUGGGCUUGGUGCAGAUCGGUGAGGGCGCAGCGGCAAUGAAAUGGGAGAUCGACAACGACAAAAAGAAAGGAGGAAUUCUGUGCAUCGACACCUUCGACAUCAUGGGAGACGGCGUGAACGACGUCCUGGUGGGCAGAGACGACGGGACGGUGGAGGUCUUCGGUUUCGACAGCGCCAGUGAGCCCACGCUGCGCUUUGAGCAUGUGUUGUCAGAGAGUGUGACCUCCAUCCAGGGCGGCUGUGUGGGCAAAGAGUCUUAUGAUGAGGUCCUGACUGCCACUUACACAGGCUGGGUGACGGGUUUGACCACGGAGCCCCAGAAGGCUGAGGCCGGCCCCGGAGACGAGGUCAGCAUGAGUAAGGAGAUCCAGUCCAAAGUAGGAGCACUCAGGGCGGAGCUGGAACAGCUGCAGGUCAAAGUCCUGCAGGGCCGAGAGCAGUACCAGCAGACCUCUCAGUCCAGCACGGCCGUCUCCGCCGUGCCCGUCUUCAGCAUCAACGACAAGUUCACCCUCAGCCAGGACGACGCCAGCUACAGCCUCACCCUGGAGGUUCAGACCCCCAUCGACAAUCUGCUGCUGCAGAGCGACGUCCCCAUAGACCUGCUGGAUGUGGAUAAGAACUCGGCUGUUGUCAGUUUCAGCGAAUGUGAUUCAGAGCAGCCCAACGGGAACUUCCUCCUGGCCACGUACCGAUGUCAGGCCAACACGACCAGACUCGAGCUCAAGGUGAGGUCCAUCGAGGGACAGUAUGGGACCCUCCAGGCUUACAUCACCCCCAGACUGCAACCCAAGACAUGCCAGGUCCGCCAGUACCAGAUCAAACCUCUGUCCCUCCACCAGCGGACACACAGCAUCGACCAAGACAGGCCCAUGAACAGGCUCAGUCUGGUGGGACAGUUCAGUUUUGCUGAGAUCCACUCCUGGGUGGUCUUCUGUCUGCCAGAGGUGCCGGAGAAGACGCCGGCAGGAGAGAGCAUCACUUUCUAUUUCCAGAACACUUUUCUUGGGACACAGCUUGAAGCCACCUACUGCAAAGGUGAAGGUCACUUCAAGUCGGACAACGUCUCUACCAUCUCCAUACUGAGUGAUGUUCUCUCCAAAGAAGCCACCAAGAGGAAGAUUAAUCAGAACAUUUCAUACGAUAUCAACGAUGACUCCGUGAGCCACACUCUGAAGAUGAUACAUCCAAAGCUGGAGUACCAGUUGCUGUUGGCUCGGAAGGUUCAGCUCAUCGAUGCACUUAAAGAGCUUCAGGUUCACGAGGGCAACCCCGACUUCCUCAUCCCAGAGUAUCGCAACAUCUUGGACGAGUCGGCUAAUCUCCUCGAGGAGUACAAGAAGCAGCCGGCGCACCUGGAGAGGCUCUAUGGAAUGAUCACGGACCUCUUCAUCGACAAAUUCAAGUUCAAAGGCCAGAACGUGAAAACCAAAGUGUCCUCGUUGCUGGAGAUACUCGAUAAUUACGACUUAAAUUCUCUGUUGGACUUUUUCAAUGAUGCAUGAUGUCAUGUCAAUCAGAGGGAAUUUAUGUACUUUUCUUUGAGUGUAUUUGUGCUAUUUUUGUAUUGUAAAUACAACAGCGUAUGGUAAUUACUAGCUGUGUCAAUGUCAUGUUAUUAUACUGUCAUUUAGCCCAUAUUAUGUCAUAAAAUUGGUGUAAAAUAUUUAAAUAUGGAUAAUAUAUUUUGAUAGCAUUUAAAACCACGGUUGGUAAUUAAUAAACCAAAACAGGUUUGCCAGGAUAAUGCAGGUUCCUCUUUUUAUUAGUGACCAAUCUUCGUUUAUGGGUUUGAAAUUUGAGCAAAUGUGACCAAACGUAAGCCAGAGAAUGUAUGUUUUUAUAUCAUAACUAUCAGUUAGUUAGUGAGUUGAAAUAAAAAUUUGGUUUUUUUUGUA